GAGCGACAUCGAUCCAUGUCUGCCAUCAAGUCUGCGAUUUCUGCGCUGAACCGCGACAAACCACACUCCUCGAUCACAGAUUGGGUCGAAAUCCUGACGUCGGCUGCCUACGACGACGAGGCCUACGACGGCAUCCCAGAGAUUGUGCACUCCAUCGAACUCCAGCCAACAGGAACAGCUGAAGCCUCCAGAGCGAUCAGAAAGAAACUGAAGCACGGCGAUGCCCACCGUCAAUAUCGUGCAAUCGUCAUUCUACACGCUCUCGUAGAGAACUGCAGUCACAAGUUCCAGUCAACCUUUGCGGAUCCUCAGCUCAUCGAUGCCAUCAGGCACCUCGCCUCCGAUCACUCCACCGAUGCCAGAGUAAAGAAGAAGCUUAUUGCCGUUCUCGCUUCCUGGCAGUCCCAGUUCAAGAACGACCCCUCCAUGGCUUCCGUCUCAAGCUUGUACAGGCAGUGUCGUCCUCAGGAGCGCCGCUUGCAAAAUAGACCAACCAAUGCAGAGAUAGACAAUCUCUUGGGUCUCCAAGGUGGUGAUCUUGCUACGUCCUCUGAUUUCGAAAAGAGGAGGAAGGAGAAGGAGGAGAAAGAACUUGCCAAAAAGAAGGCUAGACAAGACAAGGAAGAAGCAAAGGAGAAGAUCAGAAAGGCAGAGAAAGACGCAAAGAGGAGAAAGAAUAGGGCCCCUCUCAAUUUCGAAGCAGAAAAACCGCAGAUAUUAACGACCAUAGCCAACGCAAGCCAGGCCACGAAUAAUCUCGUCAAUGCGAUCAAACUCGUCAAUGCAGAAAAGGAGAGUGUGGCAACCAAUCAGCGUGUCCAAGAAUGUGUUGCAAACGUAAGGCAAGCUCGUAAGCCUAUAGUGCGCUACAUCCAGCUCGUUGAAAACGAAGAUGUUAUCGGCACCCUCCUAGAAACUAACGAGCGCAUGAUUACAGCUAUCGAAAUGUAUGAAAAACUCUCGGCUGCUCCUACUUCCCAAGAUCCUACCGCCGAUAUGCAAGCUGCGUUAGCUGGAACUCAUAUCGGCCCACACAGACCAGUUGGAGCCAGUGGCUUACAAGACCGCCAGCGUGAGGCAGUUGACCGCGCAAAGCAGAACUAUGAAGACGACGAAGACGAAUACGGUGCUCCGUCUCCCAUCCACCCCGAUCUGCAGGAUUUAUCCUUCGGAGCAUUGGGGACCGAGCAACGCGGCCUGCCUCCGCCCCUUUUGCCGUCGUCGAGUCGUGCAGUGUCGGGCGAGGAAGAGUGGGACAAGAACAGGGGAAGCUUAUCUGACUUUAGCGACUAUGAUAGUGACGAAGAGCCCAAUCGAUAUACUGCACCUGGGCCAUCAGCGAAUUGGAGUGGGAAGGGCAAGGUGGUAGUAAACGAAGAUCCCUUUGCAGAUUAACGCGCGAGCUUUCGUUCUCAACACAAUAUUUUGCACUUUUAUUCAAAGUGUGCCAGAGGAAUUUUGGUUGGGGACAAAGGAUAUACACCAGAAGUGGGAUUGGUAACGUGCAUAACUUAAGGCGCUGUGCGGGAACGGAAUAAUGUGAUAUUUUCUUGAAAUAUGUUUUUUUUGUGGGAUCUGUAGUCACGGACAUUUCCAAAGGUCCAGAUGUCAUAAGUAUGACUAUCAUACAGUACAAGCAGUAGUAUUACAAGCACGGGGAGUGGCAAUCAAUCCGAUCGAGUGCCGCGUAAUUAUCGCGGUGAUUCCACUG